UUCCCGCCUUAUCCAGAACAAUCUCGUAUUCUCGUACCCUUCUUACUUAAUCUUCUUGAAUCUUGAUCAUCACUAUAAAUUUCAAGACCCCAAUUUCAACACAACCCAUCUGAAAUUUUCCAACUGAAAUCGAAAAACAACAACAAACCCACAAAUUUUCUGUAAAAAAAGAUAAAACCUUUGAACCUUUGAUCUGAAUUCGAACCUUUUUCAGUUCUUUAAUGGCUGCUAAACAAGAUAAAGCAAUCGGAAUCGAUCUCGGCACAACCUACAGUUGCGUAGGCGUAUGGCUAAACGACCGUGUGGAGAUCAUUCCAAACGAUCAAGGCAACCGAACCACCCCUUCGUACGUCGCGUUCACCGAUACCGAACGGUUGAUCGGUGACGCCGCAAAGAAUCAGGUGGCGAUGAACCCCCAAAACACCGUUUUCGACGCGAAACGGUUGAUUGGUAGACGGUUCACUGACCCUUCGGUUCAAAGUGACAUGAAGUUAUGGCCGUUUAAAGUCGUGGCAGGCCCGGGCGAUAAACCGAUGAUUCGUGUGAAUUAUAAGGGAGAGGAGAAAGAGUUUGCGCCGGAGGAGAUUUCGUCGAUGGUGUUAGUUAAGAUGAGGGAAACGGCCGAGGCGUUUUUAGGACAGAGUAUUAAAAACGCCGUGGUGACCGUUCCCGCUUAUUUUAAUGAUUCUCAGCGUCAAGCCACGAAAGACGCGGGGGCGAUUUCGGGGCUUAACGUGAUGAGAAUCAUUAAUGAGCCAACCGCGGCCGCUAUUGCGUACGGAUUGGAUAAGAAGAUGUCGCGAAAAGGCGAGCAAAAUGUUUUGAUUUUCGAUUUGGGUGGGGGGACGUUUGAUGUGUCGAUUUUGACGAUCGAAGAGGGGAUUUUCGAAGUGAAAUCGACCGCGGGUGAUACUCAUUUGGGUGGGGAGGAUUUUGAUAACCGGUUGGUGAAUCAUUUUGUGACGGAGUUUAGAAGGAAG